AUGUAUAAUAAGAAAUACCACAAUUCCUUUAUUGGAGCAACCAAAAAAUACGAAAUCAGAAUUAAACGGAUUGGUUCACUUCUUUUAGAGUCAUAUGUGCCUGUAGACAGCUCUGAUGGCAUUCCGUUGGGACAAAUCCCUAACGAUAUCAAGUAUUUGACGCCUCGCGGUAUUCUGUGA